CUCUCCUGCGCACUCACGUCUCCCUUCUGGCUUCGUCAUCUUCUCAUCUCCAUGAUAUCCCGCAGCGCAACACCAACAGGACAGUCGUCCUUCUGGUCUCGCUCAUCCACACCGCCCGUCUCUGGCCGGCUGCAUCCGGAUAACACCAACAGCCAUCAUGCUGCGAGCUCGUCCACGUCCUCAGUCGAAGCCGACUUCGUACUAGGCGUCACACGGUCGCGCACCCUCCUCUUCCUCUCCUACCGCGACUCUGUGCCUCGUUCGGGUGCUUCUCGCAGAGUACGGCGCCCCACCUCUGACAUACCUAGACUGACUGAUGGCUCACCAGCAGCGGGCGAUCCACUGGGCGCGUCGAGCAAGGGGAAGGGAAAGGGAAAAGCCAAAGCAGACAAUGGUGGGGUCUACUUUGACUUCGAUGAUGAAGAUGACAUGCAACCGAGCAACAGCUCGCAAGGCUAUCGAGACGACUACGAAGAUGCAGAGCAGGGCGAAGCAUCUGGCCUCCUCGACCCUACCCGCCCUUCAGUAGACGGGCAUCGGCAACGCGACCACCUCUCCUUGGAUAUGGAUGGGCCUUCUUCCUCCUCUUCGCAUGCCACUCUCCCACCACGGUGGGUCGAUGUAUCCGACCAAAUAGACUCUAUCCUCUCCUCCUCCCUGCCCAGCCAAAUAUCUACCCUCGAUCGCCUACAAGCGAAGCACCUACUCCCCGGCUUUGUUGACCGCACCGCCGAGGAGAGGGAGAUUGCCCGCCUACAAGGCGAGAUUACUCGAGAGUUCUCCAAGUGUACGAAGAUGAUUGCUGGGCUAGCGCAGGAUCUACAAAGGAAGAUGCAGCUGCGUGGAGGUGCAGGAGGAAUGACAAAGGAAGAGGCGAUCUUGGCGAAGAAUGUGCAGACUGCCUUGGCCCAGCGGGUGCAGUCUGCUAGUGGGCAGUUCAGGAAGAAGCAGACCAACUAUAUGCAACGUCUGAGGGGUCAGGAUGUGAGGCAUAGGGAGGUCAUCGGUGAGCUGGGGCUGGGACCAAGGCAGGGAAAGGCGGGAAGUGUAGUCGGACAGGAUGGGGGAGAAGAGCUGGCCGCGAGAGAGGACAUGGAGCUUGGCCAACAGCACCUCUCCUCGCAGCCAGGCCAGCAGCAACAACAGGACCUCCUGCUCAUCGAGGGUGAUCGCCAACAAAACCUAGGGGACGAUGACAUCAACCAGCGUCACAAUGAAAUCACACGCCUCGCCUCCUCCAUCGUCGAGCUCUCCCAGCUCUUCCAGGACCUACAAGGGCUCGUUCUGGAUCAGGGCUCACUUGUGGAUCGCAUCGACUACAACAUCGAGAGCAUGGCAAGAGACAUGGAAAGAGCGGAUGAGGAGCUCAAGGUCGCUACGAGGACGCAGAGGCGGACGGGGAGAGGACAGUGCAUCCUUUUCCUCAUCCUGCUCUGUGCCCUUCUAGUGACGAUUAUCAUCGUCAAGCCAUUUUGGCGCUUCUUCUUCCCGUAGCGGCGGAGAGCUUCGAUGUUUGGUGUUGCUAAUCAUGCUGGUAUUCGCAAUUGGUAUAUAUCCCUUGUCCUGCUUAUGUUGUCACC